GAGCCGUACUACUGUUUUACGGUGAACAUGGAGGAAAGAACUGAUGUUGCUCAUACUCAAAAUAGCUUAAACCCAGAAGCUCCGGAGUUUUUCCCUGCUAGAAAUGCUCUAGUUUCAGAUCCUUGUCCCGUGUUUUCACCCAAAAACCCUCCUUUGCUUCACUAUCAAACCCUACCAUCUCCUUAUCCCCAUGCUUUCUCAGCUCCACUCUACUCUCACCCUUUUUACCCCUACCCACAUCAGCAUGCGGUACCGCUCCAUUUCUUCACCCCAGAGAAGGCGGCUGUUGCUGCGCCGGUGACUGAACCGGUCUCUUCCUUGCUGGAACCUUUGAACACUGAGAUGGUGCUUGAAGAAGAAGCGCAGAAGCCCAAAGUCAUGGGUCGAAAGGAAAACGUGGGAGGUGCCAGGAGAAGCAAUAGAAGUAAGCAUUUUUUGAGGAAUAAAAGAUAUGGGAAAGAAGGGUUUGUAAGGGCUGAUCACGGUCAAUCGCGCAAGAAACACUGGAGGGCUAAGCCUGGUAGUGAUGCUGGAGACCAUCAUUUUGGUAGAAAUUUUGAAGCUUCGUUUGACUACCCAAGGAAUGUUCAAGUUUGGGCCUGUAAUAACAAGAGAGAGAAACAUCCACCGAUUCCACUAAAAUAUGACGGAAAGGAAACGACGAUCAUGAUAAGGAACGUACCAAACAGAUACACGCGGGAGAUGUUGAAGGAUUUUCUUGACCAGCAUUGCAUGCUGACGAAUAGAGAUCAGGUACAAUCCCAGAAUGUUGAUGCAGAUGAAGAACCUUUAUUGUCAGCGUUCGAUUUCCUGUACCUUCCGAUGGAUUUUGUUACCAAGUCAAACAAGGGUUAUGCAUUUGUAAACUUCACAAGCCCACAAGCUGCUAGGAAGUUUUUCGAUGCAUGGCACCAUAAACGUUGGCAAUAUUUUCAGUCACACAAGAUUUGUGAAAUAUAUUGUGCUAAACUCCAGGGCAUGGAGCAGCUGGUGAACCACUUUGAGAGGAUGGAAUUUCCUUCUGAGGACUUCCAACCAGUGAGUUUCGACCCAUCUCGUGAUGGUUCAAAGCAAUUGGCGGAAGAAACCAGAGUCGGAAGAUGCAGAGGCUCUAGGUGUACCAAACCAAAUCUAAGUCACUAGCUGGUGACAUGA